AUGCAUCUCAAGCCGGGCGACGGCACGCACCCCGACCAUUUCUUCUGGAGUCAGGAACCGGCGGGCAGCCAGGCCGGCGCAGCGCUGCUCGCGCUCAUGCGCCCCUUACCCUCACCCCCUCCGCCGGCCGAGCCGCCCGUCGCGGAUGCUGCCGUCCCCAUCGGGGCCUCGGCACUGGCGGCAGCCCUGGGCAACCUGGGCGCGGCGGCAGGGAACGGGACCCCGGAGGCCAUCGCACACCUCGUCACCACGCCCCAGUUCCGGCACACGCUGGAUGUGCUGACGCAGGCGCUGAACAGCGGGCAGCUGCACCCCUCCCACUUUGGCGUCCCGGCAGAGGGGUUUGGCACGCUGGCGCUGCUGCAGGGUCUUCAACGGCAAGCCGACCAGCAGAAGCCAAAAGACUGA